GCCAGCUGCCAUAUUUAAGCCAUCUGCCUCCAGGAUGACCAGCCACAUUCUGAUCACGCACAGCAUCACAGCACGACAGAGAUGGCCAGCAGGAAGACCAAGAAGAAGGAGGGCGGCGCCAAGCGUGCUCAGAGAGCCUCCUCCAAUGUCUUCUCCAUGUUUGAGCAGACACAGAUCCAGGAAUUCAAGGAGGCCUUCACACUUAUUGAUCAGAACAGAGAUGGCUUCAUCGAUAAAGAGGACCUAAAAGACACAUAUGCAUCUCUUGGCAAACUGAAUGUAAAAGAUAAGGAGCUGGAGGACAUGCUGAAGGAGGCCACUGGUCCCAUCAACUUCACAAUGUUUCUCAACCUGUUUGGGGAGAAAUUAUACGGUACUGACCCGGAGGACACCAUUGUGAAUGCCUUUAAGAUGUUUGAUCCUAAUGCACAAGGUUUCGUACACAAAGAUGAGUUACAACAUAUACUGAUGACACAAGCAGACAAAUUCUCUGCAGAGGAGGUGAAGCAAAUGUUCCAGUCAUCCAACAUUGAUGCAGCCGGGAACCUGGACUAUAAAUCCUUGUGCUACAUCAUCACCCAUGGGGAAGAACAGGAGGAGUAAGACGCACGACAUCCCUUGUGAAUCGGGUCAAACCAUACGUUCUGUCUGUGAAUUGUGAAUAAAAUCUUUGUCUCAAUAAUA